GUUAGGAUAAGCCAAACAAUGACACCUGAGAUUCCAGAAUGGUUGAAUAGAACGUUUCUACAAAAGGCUCUUCAGAGACAGGAAGAAAAAGAACCAACGUUAACAAUUGAAGACUUCUCUGUUAAGCUAGCAGUUGCAGCGGGUAACAACUACACAAGCCAAAUUUUCAGAGUAAAUGUGAAAUACAAAUCAGAAGACUUGCACAACUCUCCAAGCAUAAUAGUUAAAUCACCCUAUCCUCAUUUUCAAAAGAUUGAACAAGAGACAAUAAUGUACAAACAAAUUCUUCCGAAAAUGAAAGAGAAAAUCAAGUUUGAUUUAGGACCGACAAUUUAUUACAGCACCCAGCAAAACGUACUUGUACUUCAGGAUCUAACAGGAUCAGGUUAUGUGAUGUGUAACAAAUUCACACAGUUAGACUAUCCUCAUUGCGAGCUUGUUUUCAGGAGACUAGCUAAAUUCCACGCUGCUUCUGUAGCUCUUCACAGUGAAAAUCCUGAAAUAGUUGAAGAUUUGGGAAAAGAAGUUUUGUACACUGAAGGGAGUACUUUUGUUGCAAUGAUGAAACCACUUUUAACACACUCAAUAGCAGUUGUCACAGAAGCUUUGGAGGCAACUGCCAAUAGUAAAGAGGUUAUUGAGUUUUUACUCGACAACAAACAAAACUUUUUUGAAUCGCUUAUAGAAGUCUGCCAACCAAAAGCAAAAGGUCUGAAUGUUCUGAACCAUGGCGAUUUGUGGAACAACAACAUGAUGUUUAAACACAAAUCCUCGGGAGAAGUAGAAGACGUUAAGUUUGUUGACUUUCAAGCGUUGCGUUACAUGAGUCCUGCCAUAGAUAUUCUCUAUUUCUCUUGGACCAGUGCGGACGAAGAAGUGCGGGAAAACAGACUACAAGAGUUGUACGACGUCUACCUACAAGAACUCAACGAGUGUCUACAGCAGCUAGGCUGUGAGGAGAGGUACACUUCUGAAGAGUUAUGGCAAGAUAUGAAGUCCUCGGUAAAAUUUGUGUUGGCAAUUACGCUUUUAAAUCUACCGUUGAUGAUGGUAGAGCCCCUAGAAGCUUUUGAUAUGUCAAAGUUUGAUGAGGGAGAGUUCAUAAAAUGGGCUAACAAUGGCAACAUCAAUCCCAAGGUACUCAGAGUAUACAAUGGAAAACACUUCAAAACCAAAAUACCCACUAUCAUCAGGCAAAUUCACAGUAGAUUAUUGUAAAAUAAAGUGAUAAUAAUAUGUGUGUUUGCCAAUAGAAUAUAACUAAAUUAUGAAAAAAAUAUGAUACAAAUAAUUGCAGUUCUUUGAACUAGCUUUGACAGCUAACUUAGCUUCUUUUAAAUUUUAGUUAUUAUUAACUAAUCUACAACAAUGUAAAUUAUCAAAAGGGUUCAUUAUUGAAAGAAAGUUGAAAAUCAACUGAUGAAUAGCUAAUUGAUUGUUUAAAAUCAAACAUCUACAUGAAUCUUUACUUCAAUGCUUUAAUCUGCUACCAAGAGCUGCAAAAACAGACAAUCAAUAUUGUUCAUAUUAUGUACAAAACUUGUAUGGAACAAGACUAAAACAAUCUUCAUCUAUGCACUAACAAUAUUUGUCCAUUUAAAAUAUUUAGACUUCCAUGUCACAUAUUUCAAUUGAUUUGAUAGGUUUUUAAAAUUUGUAGAUUCGUUUAACAUUUCCCUACACAU